GAGCGCACAAGUGGCUCUCUGAGGAGCAGGGGAUGGAGAGAGAAAGGGUGGGGUCAAGGUUCAGACGAAAGGCUCCCGUCGGGACUCCCUUUCUGUUAUCAAAUUUGUUGAGACACAAAAAGAGCAACAGUCUCAUUCCCGAGAACAUCUUGAGGAGGAGAAAAGAGGUUAGAGGACAGCACUCUCUGAGCAGAGCUUCAGCUCAGCGGUCGAUCUCCUCACUCUUCACUCUUCACUCUGCUGCUGUGCUCAUUGUUACUGAAGUGCUCCACAUUUUCUCCUGAAGUUCAGACUCUGAAAAGCUCCAACGCUCGGCCAACAAAAUGGAGUCUGCAACAACGGAGCUGCCCUUCCUGCCGUCCAACCUGUCCACAGAGGGCUGUGCGCCAGUUGACACGACAGUGGAGAACACCCUGUUUGGAUGCUUUUACAUUGUGGUUUUCUUUCUGGCUCUGAACGGGAACAGUCUGGCUCUCUGGAUCUUCUCUCAUCAGCGAGGCUCUUCCUCUCCGGCUAACAUCUUCCUAAUCCACCUGGCUGUGGCAGACUUAUCCUACGUGAUCAUUCUCCCCCUGAGGGCCACUUAUCACCUCACAGGAGGACACUGGCCCUUUGGCGAGGUGGCCUGCAGGUUGGCAGGCUUUUUGUUUUAUGUAAACAUGUAUGCCAGUUUGUACUUUCUGGCCUGUGUGGCGGGGGAUCGAUACCUGGCUGUGGUUCAUGCUGUGAGGUCACUGAAGGUGCGUCGUGCUCGCUACGCUCACAUCAUCAGCUUCUCUCUUUGGGCCCUUGUGAACAUCUCCAUGGCGCCGCUGCUGAUCACCCACCAGACCGCAGAGGUGGACGGCGUGACGGUUUGUUUGCAGCUGUACAGAGAGAAGGCCUCACGCAAUGCUCUCAUCUCAUUGGCUGUAGCCUUCACCCCGCCUUUCCUCGCCACCCUGUCCUGUUACGUGCUCAUUAUUUACAGCCUGAACCGGGGCUCCAGGCUCGAGCCGGCUCUGAAAAUGAGGGCUCUGCGCACCAUCGGUCUGGUCAUGCUCAUCUAUGUGGUCUGCUUCCUGCCUUAUCAUGCGAGUAGGGCCACGUUCAUCCUCGGCUACAACCACCCCGAUGUGUCCUGCCAGACACGCAGAGGUCUGAGUUUGGCCAACCGCAUUACCUCCUCCCUCACCUGCCUGAACGGUGCCAUGGACCCGCUGGUCUACCUGUUUGGGGCUGAGAAGUUCCGUGGCACUCUGAUGCGGUUGUUCUGCAGAGACAAGGCAGGGGUCUCAGGAGCCACUAGUGGAGAGUUAAAGGGAACACACGAGAGCUCUGUGAGUGCCAAGUCAGAGUUUUGAGGAAGAGAAACUAAAACUUGAUCUGAAGCCCUGUUUGAAAAAUGAAAACUGACUGUGGCCUCUCCCCCUCUGAAGCUUUGGCUUAUUUGAAAACAUAUUUGAUGUUCCAUUGUAUCCCCAUUGGUUUAAACCAAAGUCCAACUCCAGUGUUCACCCUGAACCACAUGCACUGAACCCCCAAAGCAACAGACCACCUCUCCUUCAACGCAUUCAUGAGGGGUCCAUUUGAACUUUAGCUGGAUUAGAUCAGCCUCAACUGUUCAUGACCUGCGAGCAGGCUUUUAGAGGGUUGUGUUGGCCCACAUUUGUAAUUGAGGCGGAUGAAUAUGGUCAAGAAAUGGGCACACCAUUUAAACAGUAGACACGGGUACUGGUUAGGUCCAAAGUGGGCAUUAUACACUUCUGAACUUCACAAUCCCAUGCAGAGCUCUGUAAAAAAAAAAAUCAUUGUUGGGGUCCCAGCUGGGUAACACAAUUACGAAUGUCACAAAAAAUGUCCUACCUGUGGUUAAGGACCUCAGUUUUCCAGGAGAGGUGUACUUGGGUCAAGUAAAGUUUUUGGCUCUUACUCUAGGUCAUAGAAAAAAUGAAGAGGAUGCAUCAAAGGGCAUGAUGGUAAAUUUUGGUUGUUAGAACAGAACUUGACCCUGCCAAACCCUGCCAUGUUUUGUGUGUUUCUUUUAAAGACUCCAAAAAUCAGACGUCAUUGGGGGGAUAAAGCACAAAUUGUGUGUUAUUCUCAUGAACAGAAUUUGAAAGAAACAGGAUAAGUGUUAAGUGAGCAAAUUCAGAAGACCAUUAAACCAGCUGAGACUGGUGCAUUUUUUCCCAUUGUGGGCUAUAAAAAAAUCCAAAUAUACAAAGAAAGUAAAAAAAAAAAAAAUUACAGUAAGGGUUAAUAUGAAAAUAUUUGUAUGCAUGCGAUACAGUACUGUAAGCAUAGAAGAAGCAUUGGAGUCAAUCCCUUGGUUUUGUAGUGAAGACAAUGCUGAAGUGCCUUAAACCUGCAUUCUUCAUAAUGGUUUGUAGAAGGCAACUUAAUAGAUAUCAAUAAUACUUUUUUCUAAUUAGUUAAUGAUCCCAAUCACUGAUUUUACAUUUUCUCCUGUACGGUAUUAAGUCAGGUUUAUAGUGAAAAAGAUGAAUCAGCAAAUCAGGCUUUAAGGAGUGGCUACAUCUGUUGGACAAAGAACCUACCCCGCCAUCCACGAGCGAGGCUAGAGGCUAAACUUAUCCUCUGAGUCAAAUAUUGCCACUUCUGACGUUCUGGCUCAAGAAACAAGAUUGCACCAGCUAAAAUGCAACCUCAGAACAGUAAACCACAAACGAGAGGAUGACGUCACUGUUGCUGCUUCUACUUGAAUAGGCUGAAGAAAUAAAGCACUGAGUGGGUGGUUCAGUGUUGCUGCAUGACAAAAACAUUAGACUUGUUCUAUUACUGUAACAGCAAAGGUAUGAGGAUGGUGGUGUCCUCUGUAUGUUGGUUCACUUCUGGUGCAUAUAACUGAACAAAAGACCAUGCUGUCAUAUCAUGAAUAUUAGUUAUGUGCUUAAUACCUGCAAAACCAAAGACGGUAUUAGCAUAGACUGUACUUGCCUUAAUGUUAGCACUAAUUUGAAAAUGUUAGCAUGCUAGCCCAUCUAGCUAAAAUCAUGACCUACAAAAAUCCCUGCUGAGCAUCAGCAUUUAAGCACUCUUGUUGUGGUCAUGUAAACAUGUCAAUGCCAGUUUUUGAGUCUGGUUUUUAUAUGAGGUUGACUUUUUAUGUAACCAUUUUUAAUAACUGUUAUAAAUUGCUUGAACACACCAGCAGUACUUACUUUACUCGAGCUGGACAAAUCUUAACUGUACAUAUAUGCAUUAUUUCUCAGCUCAGUAACCCCUCUCUGCUAUGCAUCUAUUGCUGUGUAUUCUUUUUUAUGACGUUGCACUAUUGCAUGAUAAAUUAUGAUUCCUUUUUUAUACUAUGAAUCAUUACCUUUGAUUAUCUUCAGCAGGAGAACUGAUGUUAUAAACAGAGGAGCAUGUUUGACUUGGUUUAGUCCUGCAUGACAUGUUAUUGUAAAAUGUAGUUUGAUGUAAAUAUUAAACUUUCCUUUAACAAAAAAAUGUAACAGAAAUUGUUCAGUUUGUAAAAAAGAUCAUGUCAUGACUGUAUCAUUUCCCUGCUGGCCUAAAAUGCAUGUUCACAACUUACUCAAGUUUCAUCUUUAAUCUCUGUUUGGUAUUCACAUUCCUGCUUUUAAGUGCCUUUAUAAAAAGAUGUUACAUGAAAGCAAAAGUGUGAUUUCAUCUCUGCUGCGUAUGAGAUAAUGCCUUGUGUGUACUGUCACUGUAUGUCAGAGACAUCUGUGAAAGUGUGAAACCUAUUUCAAGUGGAGGGCAGAAACCUCCGCAGCUGCAGACACUUGUCACUGUGUAGUUCUCUUUUUGUGUCAUGUGACCUCUGCUGUGGUUUGUGAGCUGUUUUUUUUUUCCUCUUCUUAUUUCUGCAAGACUUCCUGUCCAUCACAUGAACACGGCAAGCCCAUUCUAAGCUUGUGUUUCCUGAAUGUAUACAUCUGAAAACACCCAACCCUGUUGAUGUAUACCAGUGAGUUAAACAGGUAGAAAUCAGACUCAGAGUCUUGUAGGUGAAUGUGGCUGCUUAUCUUUUUGCAAACUGUAGGACAGAACAGUAUUAAAAAUGCAUCUGGGAACCAA